CUUAUAAUAAUUAUAAGGAAAACUGCAUUUAAUUUAUAAAUUAUAAUUAUUUUGCACUCAAAAUCUAAUGUCUGCAGCUGGAAAAUCAGGGGCAUGUGCAGCAAUGUUGGAAGAAGACACAGAUCAAACUUAUGAGAAUGUCUUGGCUGAGAUUCAGUCUUUUGAGCUGCCCAUUGAAGCUACUUUAAGGUCUGUGUAUGAUGACCAACCGCAUGCACACAAGAAGUUUAUGGAAAAAUUAGAUGCCUGUAUCCGUAAUCAUGACAAGGAAAUCGAAAAGAUGUGUAAUUUUCAUCAUCAGGGUUUUGUAGAUGCUAUUACAGAGCUCCUUAAAGUAAGGGCUGAUGCAGAAAAACUGAAGGUGCAAGUUACUGAUACCAACCGAAGGUUUCAAGAUGCUGGAAAAGAGGUAAUAAUCCAAACAGAAGAGAUUAUUCGAUGUAGAAUUCAGCAGAGGAAUAUUACAACUGUAGUAGAAAAACUGCAGUUGUGCCUUCCAGUGCUAGAAAUGUACAGUAAGCUAAACGAACAGAUGAGUGCAAAAAGGUAUUAUUCUGCCCUAAAAACUAUGGAACAAUUAGAGAACGUGUACUUUCCCCGGGUUAGUCAAUACCGGUUUUGUCAGCUAAUGAUAGAAAAUCUUCCUAAACUUCGUGAGGCCAUUAAAGAAAUCUCCAUGUCUGAUCUCAAAGACUUUUUGGAAAGCAUUCGAAAACAUUCUGACAAAAUAGGUGAAACAGCAAUGAAACAGGCACAGCAGCAGAAAACCUUCAGUAUUGCUCUGCAGAAGCAAAAUAAUGUGAAAUUUGGGAAAAAUAUGUAUAUAAAUCAUGAUAGAAUCCCAGAAGAAAGGAAUGAAAUUGUAUUGAAACAUGCACUUGAGGAAGAGGAUGGGAAUGAAGAGGAGGUCUUAACUGUUCAGGAUCUUGUUGAUUUUUCCCCUGUUUACCGAUGUUUACACAUUUAUUCUGUUUUGGGUGAUGAGGAAACAUUUGAAAAUUAUUACCGAAAACAAAGAAAGAAACAAGCAAGACUGGUAUUGCAGCCCCAGUCAAGUAUGCAUGAAACAGUUGAUGGCUAUAGAAGAUAUUUCACUCAGAUUGUAGGAUUCUUUGUGGUGGAAGAUCACAUUUUACAUGUGACCCGAGGAUUAGUAACCAGGGCAUACACUGAUGAACUUUGGAACAUGGCCCUCUCAAAGAUAAUUGCUGUCCUUAGAGCUCAUUCAUCUUACUGCACUGAUCCUGAUCUUGUUCUGGAGCUGAAGAAUCUCAUUGUAAUAUUUGCAGAUACUUUGCAGGGUUAUGGUUUUCCAGUGAACCGACUUUUUGACCUUUUAUUUGAAAUAAGAGAUCAAUACAAUGAAACACUGCUUAAGAAAUGGUCUGGAGUUUUCAGGGACAUUUUUGAAGAAGAUAAUUAUAGCCCCAUCCCUGUUGUCAAUGAAGAAGAAUAUAAAAUAGUCAUCAGUAAAUUUCCCUUUCAAGAUUCAGAGCUGGAAAAGCAAUCUUUCCCAAAGAAACUCCCAAUGUCUCAGUCAGUGCCUCAUAUUUACAUUCAAGUUAAAGAAUUUAUUUACGCCAGCCUUAAAUUUUCAGAGUCACUACACCGGAGCUCAACAGAAAUAGAUGAUAUGCUUAGGAAAUCAACAAAUCUUCUGCUGACCAGAACUUUGAAUAGCUGUUUACUGAAUCUUAUUAGAAAACCUCAUAUAGGUUUAACAGAGCUAGUGCAAAUCAUCAUAAACACAACACACCUGGAACAAGCUUGUAAAUACCUUGAGGACUUUAUAACUAACAUUACAAAUAUUUCUCAAGAAACUGUACAUACCACAAGACUUUAUGGACUUUCUACUUUUAAGGAUGCUCGACAUACAGCAGAAGGAGAGAUAUAUACCAAACUUAAUCAAAAAAUUGAUGAAUUUGUUCAGCUUGCUGAUUAUGACUGGACAAUGUCUGAGCCAGAUGGAAGAGCUAGUGGUUAUUUAAUGGAUCUUAUUAAUUUUUUGAGAAGUAUUUUUCAAGUGUUUACUCAUUUGCCUACUAACAACAGUGAUCACGCUGCCAUGUCGGGGAAAGUUGCCCAGACAGCUUGCAUGUCAGCCUGCCAGCAUCUGUCAACAUCCUUAAUGCAGAUGCUACUGGACAGUGAGUUAAAACAAAUAAGCAUGGGAGCUGUUCAGCAAUUUAACUUAGAUGUCAUACAAUGUGAAUUGUUUGCCAGCUCUGAGCCUGUGCCAGGAUUCCAGGGGGAUACCCUGCAGCUAGCAUUUAUUGACCUCAGACAACUCCUUGAUCUGUUUAUGGUUUGGGAUUGGUCUACUUAUCUAGCUGAUUAUGGACAGCCAGCUUCUAAGUACCUUCGGGUGAAUCCAAACACAGCCCUUACUCUUUUGGAGAAGAUGAAGGAUACUAGCAAAAAGAACAAUAUAUUUGCUCAGUUCAGGAAGAAUGAUCGAGACAAACAGAAGUUGAUAGAAACAGUUGUGAAACAGCUGAGAAGUUUGGUAAAUGGUAUGUCCCAGCACACAUAGACUUCACAUUGCUUGCACUCAUUGACACCAAAUCUGUGACUCAGCAUUGAUCUCUAACAAGCACUGGUCAUGAUGCAGUAAUUUGUUUACAGAAUUCAAAAAUACAAUAGAGAAAGACACCAAUAAGGGUUUAAGCAAGAAAAAUAAAUAUUAUUUGUAUGGAUUUUUAAAUAAUUGAAUACUAUUUUAUAUAUGGAAAAUGUGACAUUUUUUCACU